AUGUCCAGCCCACAGUCUAAUAAUACUCGAUCAACGAUCUUCGCCACAACAAUUCUCCUCGAUGGCUGUCUUCCCACCCUCGGUUUCAGCAGGGGUAAAGUAGAGAAGGAAGUGGAACCCCCGCGCAUGGAGGUACGACGAUCAUCUCUCCUCAGCUUUCGCGACGACGGUGAUGGCGGAGAAGAAGUGCAAGUACCUCCGCCCGUAGAGGUUGCAGAAGCAGCGCAGGAGUACAUGAGCACGGUCUCUCUUACAUUGGAGCAAGAGCAGGAUGCACUCUCCCGGCUCACGCUGCCACAAUGGGGAGACGCAACAACAAAGUACCGACGGUACACUUCCGAAGCUCUUACCGCCCGGCAGAACCAGUUGUCAGCUAUCAUGAGCGACGUGUAUAGCUCCAGGGACGCAUGGCCAUUCAACUAUACCCUUCACCCUAAGCUGGAAGAGUUUCUACAUGAUGGCGGUCAACUGGUUGGCCCGGAUGACAUUGCCAUGGACCACAAGGAAUACUUGAAAAGAUCGCAACGCGCGGUGAAGAGCGCGAGAGGUUUCGAUGAGCUAUGUGAGGCGUCACCGGAUACUGUCAAGAUAGCUUUUACUACCGAACUCAAUCGACCCUUGCAGCUGGUGAGAGCCCCCUCUCUACUCUCGCCAGAUGGGGAGAGUGGCGGAAGGUCGCUGAUCGGCUGGUCGUUAUCGCAUCCCGAAGUAAGUAUCGGGUGUCGAGUCACGGAUGAUUCUCCUCAAUGGGUCAUGAGGAACGAAGGCGCCCAGAAGGCGUAUGGUGACUCCGUUAAGGCGGACAUUGAAGCUUCCGAGCAUGAUAUAAAAUCCCUUACGCUAAGCCCAGAGACGACGGCGGACGACUUUGCGGAAUAUACGCAGCGCUAUGAGAAUAGUGUAUUUGUAAAGGCGGCCUACCUCACGGCGAAGCGACUGACAUACGUGGACGACGGGGAGUGUACGGAUGAGGGGAUGCUACGUGAACAAAUGGAGACGGACGGCGAAGACACGGCUGAUGUUCGGCUUGUUGAUGGGCAUCUGGUGAAAGCCGCCUGGCUGAACCCUUGCAUGUACGCUGUUGUGACUGGACAAUUGCCUAGAGAGCGAGGUUUCUACACCAGUAGACACGAGGAAUAUAAGAAUUCCAUCAAGGAAGGUCUUGCGGUGAUGCAGAGCGAGCUCGAUCAACAAGAAAGAAGGGCCGAGACAGCUGAUGUUGGGUCAUCCGCCGCUACGACUUGGGGCACCUGGUCAAUGUAA